CGUGCACGUAGACCCACUUGCCCCUCUGCUGCACUGAAUACCAUCCCGUGAGAUCCAGUGUUAAAACUUCUCCGGGACUAUCCCGAAGUGUCUCAGUUGAAAAUACGUCUUUGCUCCGGGCGCCCGCAUUCUCUUUUGCUACAGCGAAGCAUGGCACAACCAUAAGCUCAAGAGACCGUUUCCCAGAGCCUUUGAAAUCCUUCAGAGGAUUUACAGAGCUCUCCCUCCAGCGCUGCCUGUGUGGGGAGGCUGCAGUUCAGGACGCCAACUACUCAACCUCUCCUGGCAUUUUAAGUCUCCACACCACACCCCACCCCAGCCCAGUCCCUGAAGUGAUGGCGAAGAAACCCCGUUGACAAGACAAACCAUAUUGGCGAUGUCUGCAGGACACGGUAUUCUCUGAGAUCGAAACGGAUUCGAUAGCCCCAACUGCUUUCUCCCUGUGUUGGCUUGGAGAUGCUCGCUUUUGCUUAACACGAAGCAGAGAACGAAACGUCUUGAGCCUCCACUUGAAGAUGCUUUAUGGUCAUUCAGUGAACUUUAUGAGCAGGGUGUGGAUAGAGCCCAGACAGAGGAUGUCUUGUUGAAGACCGUGCUGGCAGGACCGUGCUGUGGGGAAGCUUUCCCAGGGCUGCUGUACAUCGGAUGGGGCGGCAACUGAAUGAUCUGUCAUGGAUGAUGAAGAAGGAAGGUGUCUGCUAGAUGUUAUUUGUGACCCUCAAGCCCUGAAUGACUUUCUCCAUGGAAGUAACCAGGUGGCAAUGGCUGGAGAAGGAAUCAACAGCGAGGUGCCCUCAUCCGCCAGCAGCAUUGACAUCUCCUUCUUGAGCGAGGAUCUGCUGGGAUCUCCGGCCAGCUACAGUGCUGAUAAGCCCUGCGAUAUCCUGCAGCAGAGCCUGCAGGAGGCUAACAUCACUCCACAGACUCUGCAGGGAGGAGACGACCUGGCAGCUGGGUGGUUCCAGGUACAGGCCAGCUCCCAGCCGCAUCCUGCCAGCCUGCCUGUCCAGGACAGCCCCCAGGUGCUAGGCACGGACCUCAACAGCUUAGCCCCUACCGUGAUUGCCCAGCAGCCUCUGCUUCAGCAUCCAGUGACUGCUCAGUUUGUCAAUAAAACCAUCAGCGUGCAACACUCGGUCCAUCAAGUCAGACUAAGCAGUGUCACCGUAAAACCAAUUGCAGACAAUCAGACCAUGCCCAAUGGCACCGCCAGAGUUGGGCGCGUACACACAGUCGACCAGCAGUGUGGUCAGACCACUGUGCUGCCUGUCAGUCAGCCUUCUCAGACAGGACUGUUUGCCAAGCCUGGCCCCACCUCCCUGAUGCUUGCUUCUCCAUCCGAGCAUCCGAUUUCCCCGACUUUGGGCAUCUCCGCUCCAUUUCGAAAGAGUAUCGCCAGCAACGGUCUGAAUGGAGACUCCCUCUUUGCCCACACAAGCUCAGCCCCGGCUGCUGUCGAACACACUGCGAUGAACCAGCUGGUGCAGGUGCCAGUGUUGGCGCACAUCAUUCAGAGGAGCCCCACGCCAAUUCAGCCAAAGCACCUUGUGAAUAUACAACCUAAACUGGUCCAGAUAAGCCCAAAGACUUCAUUUCCUCCAACCUCUGCUCCUGUCCAGACUGCCUCAAAGACUCCAACAGAAGAUGCACGGCAGCAGCAGAAAGCCAGGCAGAACUUGCCAGCGGCUGCCCAAUCCUCAGGUCCUGGUGUCCUGCUCUCCACUUGGGGCCCUGCAGUCACCCAGACAAUGGCCGCCAAUCAGGUCAAGCAACCAUCCCAGCUAGGUCAACCCAAGUUGAGCAAGCCAGUCAGUGUUCGAAUUCUCCAGCAGGACACUGGUAUGGUAAUCCAGUCCCAGUCAUUACCUCAGGCACUGCUGCCUGGUCAAGGCCAAAUCACUUUGCCUGGGCACUUGGCCACCAGAGUCGCAGCAAGCACAGCUUGCUCCAGCAUGCCCCAGCAGCUUCCAGCAGUUCAAUCUGGACCUGUUUUGACCACCCAGAGUGGAUCCAUGCCAGCCAUCCACAGGCAGCCAGCUACCAGUCGCACUGUUGGAUGUGUGCAGGCAUCUCUGGGACAAUUAAUCUGCGGGCAGUCAAUACCUGCACACGUCCUGAUGGCCCAGAAUGUGGUAGGGCAUUCGAUUACCAGCCACGGUGACCUUGGCCAGAUCUACACAGUGUCAAACUCACGUUUGAUGGUCAAUGAAGGAGUGGCGCAGAAACUCUCUGGGGCUCUGCAACCACAGCCCAGUCAACCGGCUCUGUCUACACUCUUCCAGGUGCCUAGUCAGCUGGAAGCUGGCUUUGGAUCACAAUUACGUUUGUCUGGUCAAAUACCAGGAAGGCAGCCAGAUCCAACUGUGCCCCUGCCAAAUCAGCUACCAGUGCUCAAUGAGACUGGGCCUCUCGGACCUGCGAUGAGCACUCAGCAGCCAAGCACCAGCAGCCCUGAUAGCAACGUUGUGAAGACUCCAUUUGCCCCUCAGACUCUGUUCACAUCAGCUCUUGGGCUUCAGAUUCCUGCUCCCACCCAGUAUCACCGGCAAACGCAGCAAUCUCAGUCUCAAUCAGCUGAGCGUCACCACUCUGAACUGAUGUUGGCUCCAGCAUCAAAACCCAACAACAUCUCAGCCAAAAACACCGACAAGCCCAAUAACGAAGGAGCCACAGGAACAGCACUCAGUGCUGACCAGCUUUUGCUUUUCCAACAGAAAGAGCAAAAGCAACAGCUCCUUUACCAGCAGGCCUUGAAACUUCAACAGGAGAAAGGCCUCUCACUGACCUCUGACAAUGGCUUGGUUGUACCAUUCUCUGCCAGCAGUGUCUCACCAUCUGGCAUCAGCAUUGGGAUUGGACCUGGAGUACAAACAAACACCGUCUUCACGCCAGCCAACACUCUUUUGAUGGAGCCCAAAAACCAAACAGUCUUACCUCAGAGUCAAUCCAGCCACUUCCUGCCUGCCUUGGCAGGCCAGGCAACAUCCAGUAUGAUCAGCAACCUCACAGGCCUGAAUGUCACCUUAAGUAAGGGGUCAAUCCAAAUCCAAAUGAUUGGGAAAGGGAUUGCUCACAUCACGUCAACAGCAAAUCGGCAUCUCCAGUCAGCAUUGUUUGAAGAAUCAGUUGGAAAGCUGAAGAAAACAGCAACAGCUACUCUGAGGCGAGGAGAUCUAUUACUUGAAAAGUUCUGCAAGGAUCAGACCUCUGUCCUUCAACCUGAUUGCAACACUCCUUUUAAUUCCUUUGAGGACACAGCGCUCAGACUGCUGCCCUAUCAUGUAUGUAAAGGGACACUACCUACUAAUGUGGACUUUAACAAAGUGGAUGAAGAGUUUGAGGUCAUAUCAACGCAGCUCCUGAAACGAAUGCAGGUCAUGCUGAACAAAUACCGUCUGUUGCUCUUUGAAGAAUCCAGGAGGACGAACUCCUCAGCUGAGAUGGUGAUGAUCGAUCGAAUGUUUAUUCAGGAAGAGAAGGUGGCCUUCCUGGAAGCUAAACAAUUGGCCAAAAACAGUCCUGAUGCGUACAUCAUGUCGGUUUUCAAACCAAGGAUUGCCACCACUCUGCCCAUCGCUUCUAGGCCAAACCUAGCCCUCGACCGGGAGGUUCAGUGUUCACCACAGACCCCGCUGAAGACGUACGUUGCCAGCAGCCGAGGUGGCCUCAAGCUGAAGAUAAGGCAGGAGGUUGCCCACAACCCGGAGUUGGAGCAGCUAUGGCGUCCCGGCACCCAGGCAAGCCCAGCCCCUACAGGCCCCUUUGCUCUCAGAGCUAAUCCCCCAAGACAAACCAAUGGCGAGGUAGGCCGCAAACUCCCUGCACCAGCUGAGAAACAGCACCUUGGGCCCAGAGAGACACGGGAAUCUAGGGGCUGUCUUACAGACCUCGGGAAAUCCCGGAGGAAUCUUCCCUCCAACAGCGCUCCCGGUUUGGGGCCUGACCAAAGUAAAACGUCACCGCUGCUGCUGCCGCCGGUCAGCACCCACUUUCACGGAUCACCAGAGCAUAACGUGAACCAACAAACCACCACCAUCAAGCCUGGCCCAGGAGACCGUCCAGCUCUGGCCUUGUCUUCACAUAACCCCCAUGUCCAGAGUAUGCUUCAUCUCCAAGUGGACAGGCAGGAGUCAGGGAGGACAGGUGCUGACACCAGUGACCAGCUGAAAGCUGGCUCUGUGGGUGACCUCCACCUCCCACAGCCCAAACGUCGCAAGUGUGACUCAGUGGACAAUGGCAAUGUCUUGGGCCACAGCCCCCAGGACAGAGCACUGAGCGCUCACCUGCAGAGUGCCAUCAACAGCCUCCUGGACCUGCAGAGGCUCCAGAGCUCGGAGCCUAGGACUGUCACUGUCCAGAAAGGUGAUCGCAACCUCCAUCCCUUCGCACCUCCGGCUUCCUCAGUGGAUCUCCUCCAGUCGGACCCUGAUAGUGGGCUUGCUGAAGUGACAACCUCCACUUUGGAAGAAGCGGUAAACAGUAUCCUAGGGACUGAGGAAAGACUGUAAGAUGGGAAGUAUAGGCUGGAACUGGAGCACCGUUUAAAAUUGAGAUUGGUACACAAUGUUGUGUGCCUUAAAUACAGAAAGUUACAGUAACAAGUGUUACAACAGUUACUUGGACAGUGCCUAAACAGAUUAUUGUACAAAACCAGUUACAUAGCAAGAGGUCAUAACAUCUUGUAAUUUCUAGAAGGUGGCUGGUACUCUUGAAACUGUUGUACAGUUGAGUUAUUUAUUAAUAGUGAAGACUUGCAGACUUAUCAGAUGGUUAUACUCCUCAAUGACUGUCCGUUAAAUGUUAUGCAAAGAGAGGACUAGAUUAGGUGUCAAAACCUUUUCUUUAUUAAGGCACUGGCUGACUCCUCACAGUUGUCUGGCAAUAUUGACCUCUGGUCAUUGUAGCCCAAGCUCAUUCCUUGGACUCCAAUCGUAUAGGUAGGCACCAUUGUGCACCCCUUGUUUUGUACUGUUGUACUGAGUAUUUUCUUCCACUGUUGAAGGAUAGUAGUCAGCCUUGGUUUUUGCAGGGCUUUCAAACAAAUCAAGAUUUUUCACAAACUGGUGGGACCUGUUUCUUGCUGAAUAUUGCGCUGGGUGUAUGCACAGUACUGAUGAAGUUGUGCUUGAAUCAUCUUGAAAUGUGUUCACAGAGCUUGUGUGAACAGAGGAAGUCUAUUCCGCAAGGACUAAGUGUAUGAUUAUCAAGAGUUGGCCAUUGAUAAAGGCUAAAAAUCCUCUCCAUGUGAAUUGUUGCAAAAACACAACUUAAUUUUAAGAUAUAUAUUUCUUUUGACGAGUUUGUUCUACUGAUUGUAUUUAAUUUCAGAGUUAUUGUAUUAUUUUUCAAAAUUGUCUUGCACUUAUUCAGGAUCAGGUGAUUUCAGUUUAACAACCAGGUACUAUCACUUUGCAAUAAAACAGUGUACAGUUUUAUGAAGGCUCCUAAGAUGCUGCUUGGCCUGCUGUGUUCAUCCAGCUCUGCACCUUGUUAUCUACAGUUUUAUGAAAUUCACUUCAGACUUUAAGGUUCUCGAUCUUUUAUUCAAAUUGCCACAGAGACCUCUCUCUUCAUUUCCACCUCAAAAGAGUACCUAACACACAGUAUUUGUCAACUUAAUGAGGCUAUCAUAUAUUGGCACUUUUUCAAGCACAAUUUGGGAAGGAAGGCACUUUGACCUUACUCGAAAAGGAGUCAAAAUCCGAAUGUUAGUCAAUUUUUACAAAUACCAUUAAAUAUUUUAAGCUGAGAAAGAUCCCAUCUGUAAAAAUAAAACUCACACGGGGUAGACUGGUUUCUUCAUGUAAGUGUGUUCCAAAGUAAAAAUGGAUUAUUAAACAUUAUAAUUUUGAUUAAAUAAUCACUGCAAGUUUAAACCAAAUCACUUAGUGCCUAAAGUUAUUUGUAUUAUUAAUUUUUUUUGUUGACAGUUUAAUGUAACUAGCAUAAAAUGCAAAAGGUAUGUAUAUUUUGUUAAAAAUGGUGUGUAGAUUUUGUUAAAAAGGGUUCUAUUAACACUUCCAGGACCCUACAUCCUUCACUCCAAUAGAUCAAAGAGAAAAGUAGCUGUGAUUUAAGAAAUGUCAAUUCAUUCUGUGCUGUCAAUCACUCUCUCACACCAGCCAAAUGUUGAUUGACCCUCACCUGGGAUAAGUGUAUUGCUAAUGCCCCCACAAUGGGGAGGUGGGUGUUUAUCUUCUGAUUGUUAAUAUUGGCAGUGUGCCGCUACCCCACCUAACCACCACCCACCCCUGCCAUUGAGUGACCAAAGUGCCUACCAGUUUAAGUGAUUGGCUGCUCUUAAAAAGGAGCAAUUGGUGUCUUUGGUCUUGACUGGUCAAGGGAUCGUGGCUGUGCAGAACCUCCCAGCCCACAGCCCCACAGAUGAUGGAUGAGAGAAGCCCUAACGAAGGUAAAUGUGUCAGAAGGUCUCAGGAAAGGUAGGAGUCGCCCACUGACAUAAUCGGCACCUCUGCCUGUCAGGGGACCACUGUCUGUGAUCACAUCACUUCCCCCCCAUUCAAAUCUCUGCAGUCACCCCACCCCCUCUCCCUCCCCCACUAUCCUGAGGAACGUUGAUGAUUAUAUCACAAGUGUUGAUGGACGAGCACUUGUUUUGGACUGAGAUUUAAAGUGAAUAUGAGAAAAGCUUUUCCACUCAGUGAGUAGUUAGGGUAUGGAAUGCAUUGCCUGGAAAUGUGGUGGAGGCAGAUUCAAUUGAGGUUUUCAAGAGGGCAGUGUUGCUCAGGGAUACGUGGAAAAGGCAGGAGAUUAGCACUAGGUAAUAGAACCAGCGCAGCAUGAUGGGCUAAAUGGACCUUUUCUGCACCAUAACAGUACUAAAGUUGAGAAUGAACCUCUUCACUUUUGGCUGUUAGUGAGGCAAUUUAGUUUUUUUGUGUGAUGCUUAUUUCCCAUGUUCUUCUAGCAAUUUCUCAGGUGCUUUGCGCUGAACUGAUCAGUACAGACUUUCUCAUAUUUGACUCAAGCAACCUUAUCUUAAAUAGUACUGUUUAAAAAUCUGACAAAUUCAAUUUCUUUUGUUGAAGAGAUCGAGUGUCCUGUGUUUCAGCUGCCUAUUUCCCUGAUUGUUAUACUAGUACAUUGUGAGCUGAGGAAGAGAUUUCCGAUGUAAGUCUGACUGAUAAUUUUGUAAACCUGUUGUUAAAGAAGCAGUUGGUUAUUUCCAAAUAUCCGACACACACACAAUCUUCUCCAUUGCAAAAUAAAGACCAUAGUCCCCUCAGAACCUCAGGAUAUCGUGAAGUCCUUUUCACAGUUGAUAAAGUAUGUUUUGAUGUGUGGUCACUGUUGCAGUCUAGGAGACGCAGCAACCAAUUUGCCACCACUAAGCUCCCCACAAAUCACCGAAUGACCAGAUUAAUCUGCUUUGGUGAUAUUAAUGGGAGGAAGAUGCAGGCCAGGAAAUCACUCCUGCUUUUUGAAUCAUGCUGUGAGAUCUUUUAUACUGACCUAAGAGGGAAGACAGGGCCUGGGGCUAAUGUUCCAUCUGAGAGAUGGCACCUCCAACAGUGCAACAGCACCCCCUCAGUCUAUAAUGUACAGUCGAGCCUCAAGAUUAAGGCUUGAUCCAUAAACCUCUGCCUCAAGGACAAGAGUACAACUGCUAAUCUAUGGCUGCCAUUUCUCACAGAAGUGGUUGAUCAAACAAAACAGAAGCUCCCACCUUAGCUCUUUGGUGUACCUUAUCUAUAGUGUGUUCCACAUAGAGGGGAGGACAGCAAGCACAAAGUUAAUAUUUUAAAGCCCUCCAUUUCAUAUUACUUUUUAAAAAAUCAGAGUUGGUUUACAAAAAUACUCACGUCUGUUCAGGACAAAAUAAGAUCCUGGCGGGUCACUUAUGGAGGCACGUUCUGAUUGUACCUUCGGUUGUGUUCUUGUGACAGUUGUUGGGUUCCUUGAGUGUGACUGUGGCAGCGUUGCGACAGAGCCUUGGCCCAGGGUCAGUGCACAUGCUCAGUUAAAGCACUGUCUGGUUGGUGUUAGUGAUGGGAUAAGACCUUGCUCCCACUUGAUGUAGCAGAUGGUCACGUCUGAAUUCAGGAACAAGGCAGAGCCCUGCAGCUUUUGAGGCAGCGAUAGACUGCGAGGAAGGUCUGAUGACCCAGCUCCCAUUUCACUCCGAACCACUGUAUGUUUAGCUUGUUGUUUCCAUUGACCUAUUUAACUUUCUCAUUCCGGUCAUCAAACUGUUGAAUUCGACAAAACAUUUGUCAUAAAAUCAUACAGCACAGAGAGAAGCCAUUCAUCUGACAAUGCCCCGUGCUGGCCCUUUUAUCAAUCCAGUUAGUACGACCUCCCUGCACUUGGCUGUAAUCAGUAUUUCUUGUUUUCAUUUUCAACAAGAUUAUCCAGCUCCUUAUUGCAUCAUCCUUCCAGAGAGUACAAGCAAGAUCACACCUUUCAGUGUAAACGCUAAAACGUUUCCUCAGGAAAGGUAUAGACUAGUUAGGGCUCUGAAGGAGGCCAUUUGGCCUAUCAAGUUCAUGGUGACUCUCUGUAGAGCAAUCCAGUCCCAUUUCCCUGUCUAUUAACUCCCCAGGCUGUUUUCCCGCUACUUGCAGUUUUUAAUUGAAAACCCAAAGGAAUGUCAUGGUUUGUCCCUUGUGCUUGUAAUGCACACUCUGAGCAUGUUCUCAACACUGUUUAUAACAUGAUGUGAAUCUGAGUGUGUGUGAGAGUGCGUUACUAGCAGUAACUAUCUAACAGAUAACGGAGACUCUAACUUGGAUUUGCAAGCAGGUGGAAUGAUGUCACAAAAGAUUUAACUUAUAUUUAGCGUCUCUCCUAAGCUGGAUUCUGCAGUGAUGCACCCCUUCAGGACUAACUAUGUGCUUGUACCCUGGGUGCAGUUUGUGCUGGUACCUCUAAUUAUGUCGGUGCACUCCAAUGUGUCAGUGUUCAGUCACAGACAUAUAGACUGGUUAAUCUUCAGGUAGAAUUUGUGUGUUUUGCUUAAUACUUCCACUGCAUAUUGAGCCAUAAAGCUACAUCAGUUGUGUAUAUAUAAUUGAUGAAUGCAUUUUAUUACUUUGUACAGCAAGCCAAGUCUUUUCAGUCAGCUUAGAGGCCUUACUCGGAACACAUGGGACUAUUGAUAGUGGGUGACCAGAUCUUUCAUUGUUUCGUAGGCUGUAUAGUAUUAAAUCUCUUACCUAAAGCAAAUAAACAUUUUGUAUACAUUUUUAUUAAACUAUUUA